CAGUUUGAAAAUGCCGCGUUAUGAUGAUCGAUAUGCUAAUACACGUCUCUAUGUGGGUCACUUGGCUUCUCGCACCCGAUCACGAGACCUUGAAUACUUAUUCAGCAAAUAUGGAAGGUUUCUGGGCUUAUUGCCUAACCUGGAGGCCUAUGGUGAGAGGGUUGCCAUGGUGGAAUUGGUGGAAAUUCUUGCCGGGUUAUAGGAGACUUUGGCGAUACUUUCUAUUAUGUUAAUGCGUGUUUUUAUGGAUUUGGCAACAAUCUCAAACUGGUGUUUAGUUCGUCUAUGAGGGGUGAAGUAUCAUACACUUGCAGUUCUUAAGUAAUGAUGGCCUUACUGUUUGUGGCAACCGUUUCGCAGAGUGCGGGAUGUGGAUAUGAAGCGUGACUAUGCAUUUGUUGAAUUUAGCGAUCCUCGAGAUGCCGACGAUGCUAGAUAUCAUUUAGAUGGCAAGGAUUGUGAUGGAAGCCGUAUCAUUGUGGAAUUUGCAAAGGGAGUUCCACGUGGUUCCCGGGAGUAUGUGGGAAGAGGUCCUCCUCCGGGUUCUGGGCGUUGCUUUAACUGUGGAAUAGAUGGCCAUUGGGCUCGAGAUUGCAAAGCUGGAGACUGGAAGAAUAAGUGUUACCGUUGUGGCGAAAGAGGACAUAUAGAGAGAAACUGCAAGAACAGUCCCAAGAAACUGAAACGAAGCCGUUACUCUCAGUCACCAUCUCCUCGCAGAGGUAGAAGUCGUAGCCCAAGUUACAGCAGAGGUCGGAGCUACAGUCGAUCUAGGUCGCCGAAGAGAGAGCGAAGUAUUGAGAAUGAGAAUAGGUCUCUCAGCCGUGAGCCAAAGAAUGGUGUGCCCUCUAAGGGUAGAAAGCGCAGUCUAACACCUAAUGGAGACAGCCCACGCCCAUCUCCUAAAUCCAGGAAAGUAGAUGACCAACAAGAUAGAUCUGACUAUAGUGGUAGCCCAAGGAGGAGUAGCCCAAGGAGGAGUAGGAGUAGGAGCCCCGACAGAAAGAGCCCUGGAGAUGGGAGGUAUGGCAGCCCAGCUCAGACAAAUGGUCGUAGCCGCAGUCCUCCCAGUCCUAGGAAUGACAGGAGCCCUGUUGAUGACGACUAUGAGGACAACCGCCGUUCCCGCUCUCGCUCCCGUUCCCGUCCGCACUCCCGCUCACGCACCCCAAGAGGCAGCGAAUCACCGUAAUUCCCGGAGGAAUUAGAAGUGUUGCUGGAUUGUGCAUCCGUGCCCAUGCAGGAGACCUUUAGUUUUUAAUGCUGUUAUUGAAACAAUAACUUUUUAUGCGAUCUGGUAGUAGUAAAGUAUAGUGGAGACUGGACUUUUGGAUUGAGUAAUCUUAUUUUCAAUUUUCUGCUACUUUGUGAAUUGUUAUUUAAUUUGAUAAUGUUUUCUGUUGAUGUA